AUGAGCACAAGAAAGCAACCAUCACCUGCCAGUGAGCUCCCUGUGGUGACCGUCUCCGCCUCCCCCGACUGCCAUCUGCUCCCCGGCCUUCCCCAUGACCUCGCGCUCGCCUGUCUCGCACGGCUCUCCCUCUGGGACCUGCCCGCCGCUCGCUGCGUGUCGCGCAGCUGGGCGGCUGCCAUUCGCCGCCGGUCGUUCGGCCGCCUGCGACGCGUCUGCGCAGAGGAAAGGGGAUGGUCGGGUGCGGGGCGCGGGGAGAGGCUUUGCCACAGUUGGGGGGAUGGGAGGGAGAAGGGGGAGGGAAAGGGGGAGGGAAAGGGGGAAGGUAAGGGGGAGGUGAAGGGGAAGGGGUUGGCGGAAGACGAGGGGGAGAUUGGUUCUCUGCCCAGUAGUUUCUUGAGUGGCUCCAAGAAGAAGCGCUUACCGCGGAUGCAUGUAGGGCCUCAUCUGCCAUGCCCGGGGGGUUCAAAGGCGUGUGUGAACGGGGGGCACUGCGACAGCUCGCUGGGUGCAGUGUUGGUGGUGUGCGUGGGUGGCAGCGAGGGUAGCAGCAGCAACGGCGCAGGCAGGCAGCGACUGCAAUGGUUCGCCUGCUGCGUGGCGCCGCCUGCCGGGUUUGCCAUCGUGGGCGGCGCCGUGCCUUCCCAGUCAGGCAGGCCGCAGCACGUGCGCCACGUGUCAGUGUUUGACUGGCACAUGGGCGCGUGGUUUGACGUGCAGCAGCCGUGCAUGCUGCCCAGGUUGGACCCUGUGGUGGCUGCAAUGGGUGCAAUGGGUGGGGUGCGGUGGAAUGGGGGGCAGAGGGAUGCCUCUUGGUUGUCGGAGGCUGUCCUGGUGGUAGAGGAGUCUGACGUCAUCCAUGCCAUCUGGACCAAAACACACGUGGCACAAGUGAUUGUAGCAGAUGUGACUGCAGCAGAUGUGACUGCAGCAGAUGUGACUGGAGCAGAUACCGUGACUGUAGCAGAUACUGUGACUGUAGCAGGUGUGACUGUGUUGGAUGUGUGUGCAAAGCCAGCAGAAGAAGACGAAUCAACGAGAGCAUACAGCAGCACUGCGUGGCAGGCGUCACACCUUGAGACGCCUCAAUCACCACCACGCCCCCACAGCAGCAGAGCAGCAGCACACACGGCACCCGCCACCUACUCCGUGCUCUGCUCCCUCGACCCCUCCCUCUCCCUCCUUGUCUUCAACCACCUUCACCGCAAAUGGGUUCCUGCUGGCCCUCCCCUUCCCCCUCCCUGCCCGUCUCGUCCUCUUCUUCCUUGUCUGUCCCCUCAGCUCCGAUACCCCUGUGGCAGGGGCUCGCAUGGGGGAUAUUGUUCCACUCCACCCUGUGCGCCCAUGCCACCCUGCCCACCGACUACACGGUCCAACUCGCAUUCUGCUGCACUCGACUCACACCUUUCCAGCAACGGUGCAGCUUCCAGUCUUGUUGCCCGUUCCAAUGCUGCUGAUGCUACCUCUGCCCCUGCUGUAGCUGCUGCCGCUGCCAAUUCUGCCAGCGCUGCCAAAUCCGAGAGGCUGCAGCAGCUUCUCGGUUGUGGCGGCCGUCUCGUGGCUCUCUUCCAGCCACACGACCCACGCCAACCAGGAGUGAUGCGAGAAAUACUCCUCUCAGACCUCCACACUCUCGCCUGUCUCUCCGCCCUGCUCCCUCACACCUCCUCCUUCUCAUUCCCCUCCUCGCUCCCCUCUCACCGUUCUCUCUCUGCCGCCACACAGCCACGCACCAUUGUCAUCCCCCAAGCAGCACUGGCACAGGCUUCGGGGAAUGUGGCUGUAGCAGCAGGUAGAGAAUCAAUGCAGCUGAUGAAUAGUGAUAGUGUGGAGGGGCGAAGUGGCUGGGCAAUAGGCGAUCCAAUGGCCUUGCCUGGCAUCGGAAGGUUGCAUCAUGUGCUUUCCAUGCACGCUGCCGUUUAG